AUGGAUCAAAGCAGCUCGACGGAUGAGAUAUUAAAAAAGCUCGAAGUGGCCGAGUCAAUGCUAGAUGAAUGGGAAAACAGAAUCAAAAUAGAGGAGCUUGAAUUAGAAAAACUGGAAGAGAAAAACGAAACUUUAAAGCAAAAAUCAAAAGAAUGCGAACAAGCAUCAAAAUCAUGCGGAGAAAUUUUAUCAAGAGAUAUAGAAAAUUACGGUAAAAAUCUAAAAAUUUCAGAUUUUAUGAAACUCAUUCAGGAAAUUGAUGAAAUCAUUCAAGAAAUUGAUUCAAAAAUAGACUUAAAAUACAGACCACAUGUUCUCAUAAGCGUUGAGCUUAAGAAAAUAGAAAAGGAAUAUAAACAAAUAUUAGAUAGAGUAAAGUCGGCGAACAAAUAG